GCCCUCUGCUCGUCCUCUCCGAAGGGAAUGGCCCCUGUACAUGCGAGCUACCUCCCCGUGUUCCACUAUGCGAGUAGAGAUGCUCCCCGUGUUCCACUAUCUGCCUGAAGACUCCCCCACGUGGGCGAGCAGCGCAUCUCGAUAGGGCCAGCAACUCUAUCAACCGGGCCCCCGACCCGCUUCCUUCACACAGCCUCUCAAUGCCCGGCGUCGAGACAGACCCCGUUCGUGUCACCGAGAUGCGGCGUCGGUGGCCCCAAGAGGAAGUCGUGCGUUAGACUUUGAAGCAUGAAAAAGAGGUUGUAACCUUGCCCGCAAGCUUGCAGGUAAGCUUAAAUACCUGAGUCGGGAGCCAUUCUUGGGUUUUGGCUUGUUCUCACCACCACCACCACCACGGCCUUGUCUCUUCUCUCAACUGAACUGCAGUCAAGAUGGUGCUCACCGAAUACACCUACGUCUUUGCCCUCGGCACCUGCUUCGCCCUGCUCGAGGCCUUCAACAAUGGCGCCAACGAUGUCGCCAACGCCUGGGCUACCUCGGUGUCCUCGCGGUCCAUCUCGUACCGCAUGGCCAUGGUCUUCUGCCUGAUCUUCGAACUCCUCGGCGCCCUCACCGUCGGCGCGCGCACCGCCUCGACCAUCAAGAACGGCAUCAUCCCCAUGGAGUCCUUCAAGGACAACGCCGGCGUGCAGCUGCUCGCCUUUGCCUGCUCGUCGGCCGGCGCCUCCAUCUGGGUCAUGUGGUGCACGCGCAACUCGGCCCACGUCUCGUCGACAUACUCGCUCAUCUCGUCCAUUGCCGGUGUCGGUGUUGCCACGGCUGGUGUUGGCGGUGUUCAAUGGGGCUGGAACGGCGGCUCUGGACUCGGUGCCAUCUUCGCCGGUCUGGCCAUGGCCCCUGCUAUUGCUGCUGGCUUCGGCGCCGUCAUCUUCAUGCUGAUCAAGGUCGUCGUCCACAUGCGCAAGAACCCCGUUCCCUGGGCUGUGUGGACCUCUCCCUUCUUCUUCCUGAUUGCCGGCACCGUCUGCACGCUCUCCAUCGUGUACAAGGGCUCCCCCAAGCUUGGUCUCGCCGAGAAGCCCGCCUGGUACAUCGUUGCCGUGACGCUCGGCGUUGGCUUCGGUCUCUUCUUCCUGUCCGCCAUCUUCUUCGUCCCCUACGUCCACGCCAAGGUCAUCAAGAAGGACUACACCCUCAAGUGGUGGGAUGUCGUCCGCGGCCCUCUUCUGUUCCAGCGUGAGGCUCCCUCCGACGCCGAGGAGGCCCACGUUCCCAACUACGCCGUUGUGCAGAAGGACUCCGACGACGAUGAAUCCGCCACCGAGGAGAAGGCCGUCCGUGUCGAUGGCAAGUCCCCCAGCCUCGAGGAUGGUGUCGAGCCCGUCAACUCUCCCUCCGACAACGAAAAGGGCCUCCCCCCUCCCACCACCCAGGUCGAAUACCAGAAGCUCGUCAAGGAGGCCGAGGAGCGUCACCACGCCAAGCUCCGCAAGAAGAGCGGUCUUCUCGGCUGGGCCAUGCGCUUCCUCCACGAGCACCCCAUGGGCGCCGGUUCCAUCCACGAGACUCACAACCUGAUCACCUUCUUCCAGCGCAUCCCCCCCAUGAUUGUCGUCGCCGCUCUCUAUGGUGCCAACUACGACAUCCACACUGCCCAGGUCGGUAUUUCCGGAACUCCCGAGGGUCGCCGCAUGGAGCGCGUGUACAGCUACGCCAAGAAGUACCCCAACGAGGUCGAGCAUCUCUACUCCUUCGUCCAAGUUAUCACUGCCUGCACUGCCUCUUUCGCUCACGGUGCCAACGAUGUCGGUAACGCUGUUGGUGUCUGGGCUGGUAUGUACGGUGCCUGGUCCACUGGCGAGCCCGCUGCUUCCAAGGCCGAUGUUGCUACCUGGCAGAUUGCCGUUGUCGCUCUGACCAUUUGCUUCGGUUUCAUCACCUACGGUUACAACAUCAUGAAGGUUAUGGGCAACAAGUUGACCUACCACUCUCCCAGCCGUGGCUCUUCCAUGGAGAUGGGCGCUGCCAUCACUAUCCUCAUCUUCUCCCAGUACAAGCUGCCCGUUUCCACCUCCAUGUGCAUCACCGGAGCUACUGUCGGAGUCGGUCUGUGCAACGGCAGUCUCAAGGCUGUCAACUGGAAGCGAGUUGGCCUUCUCGUCUUCUCCUGGAUCAUGACUAUCCCCAUCGCUGGUCUGAUUGGUGGUCUCCUCAUGGGUCUUGCCCUGAACACUCCUCACUUCAACUAGUGGUUUACUCCCCAUUGGCCUCACUUGAUAUCCCCGGAUGCCUAAAAGCAAUUCCGUACUACACAAUACUCGACUAGUUUAAUCAUUGCUCAUAUAGAAUACUCAUUUAG